AUGAUCACCUCCUGGCAAAGAUUGUCGUUCAAAGACGAAAUCUUUAACUCCCAGAGAAUGAAAAUUUGGCAAAUUUCGGCAAUUUCGAGAUGGGGAAUUGUGGAUGAUAAGGCACCUGAAGACCGGUUCCACGCAAUUGGAUGGGCCAACGAACCACCAGAUGCCGCCACGUGGCAGCCCCUAGAUCAUGUGGUCGCUUCUGGUUUCAACCAUCGCCAAAGACGCUGGGUCCCACAUUUUUCAUCUUCCACUACUACUACUCCCUCUACGCUAUAA